UCUCUCCUCGUUGGAGACCCUUCUACUUCUACUAGGGUUGUCUCUUGAGGGUUGAAACAGCCGACUCUUCACAGCCGCUCCUCAGCCUCCUCUUCUCCCCUCCGCAGCAGCGACUCUUCCACAUCUCUGUCGAGGUGGUCAUUUUGGUCCCUGGAAAGAUCGAUUUAGGGCACGAUAUUCGUCUCCGUCCGCUGUCUCUCCGUCCGUUUCUCUCUGUCCUCCACUGGCGGCAUCCUCUCCCUUCCGGCGUCCGCUGCACUCUCUCCGUCUUCUACCUCCACCGGCGGCCGCUGCUCUCUCUCCUCCACCGGCGGCGUCUGCUCUCUCUUCGUCCGCUUCUCUCUCUCUAGAAUCAGCAACAAAAUACGACCCAUAAGAUACCAAAAAUGUGAGGGAUUAAAAUCAAGGAUUCUCCCUUUGUCGUUCGCUCUUCCGUUUUGCGUUCGUGCUGCCCUUCCAUGGUUCCUUAAAUCUCCAACCUGAGGUGGCUUGAUGGUUUCCAAGGAAAGCGUAGCUGAAAGGGACAACGAAAUGAAGCGUGAAAGAGAAGAAGAAGAAGAAGAAGAAGAAGAAGAAGAAGAAGAAGAAGAGGAAGUUGAUGAUGAUGAUGAUGAUGAGGCGGAUGAGGAGGAGAAGGAGCAGAAAAGAGGCGGAAGCGGGAAGAAUAAAGUGGUUAGGGAUAUCAGGCGCUAUUACUGCGAGUUCUGCGGCAUUUGUAGGUCAAAGAAGGCACUUAUCGCUGCACACAUCCUCUCUCAUCACAAGGACAAAAUGGCUCAGAAAAAAGUUAGUGAUGAAGAGAAAAGACGGUUACAAACAACUUGCACUUGCAGUGAAUGUGGCAAAAGUUUUAGCAAGCCUGCUUAUCUCAAACAGCAUAUGCAGAGCCAUUCUCUAGAGCGCCCAUUUGCAUGCCCCAUAGAUGGAUGUCACUGUUGCUACAGAAGGAAGGACCACUUGACUCGACAUCUUUUGACUCAUGAAGGGAAAAUCUUUGUGUGCCCUGUAGAGAACUGCGGUGAAAAGUUCAAUGUGCAAGCUAACAUGAAGCGGCACGUGGAAGAGCUACACGGUGAUGACACCCCAUUGGAACAGAAAAAAGAACUACACGUUUGCUCUGAAUUUGGUUGUGGGAAGGUGUUCAAGUAUGCUUCUAAGUUAAGGAAACAUGCAGAUUCACAUGUUAAAUUGGAUUCAGUGGAGGUGAUCUGCAGUGAACCUGGUUGCGGAAAAUUCUUCUCUAGCAGUAAAUGUCUCAAAGAACACAUACUGUUCUCUCAUCGAUACAUUUCUUGUGAAGUCUGUGGUUCAAAACAGCUGAAGAAAAACAUCAAGCGCCACAUGCGUACUCAUAGUUCCUCAGAUGGGGCUGCCAACAAGAUCAAAUGCACUGAAGGAAAUUGUCAGCACACUUUUUCGAAUAAGUCAAACCUGAUGCAACACAUCAGAGCUGUGCACCUUCAACAGCAAGCUUUUGCCUGCAGAGUUAGCGGCUGUGGGGCAAGAUUCGCCUACAAGCAUGUAAGGGAGGGGCAUGAGAAAAUCCACUUUCGUACUUGUACACAUGAAGAUUUUGUCGAGGCUGAUGAACAUUAUCUCUCAAAAGCGAGAGGUGGUAGGAAGAGGAAGGUAGUGACGGCAGAGGCUUUGUUGAGAAAGAGAGUUGUUUCUGGGGAUUCGGUCUCCGUGCUGGAUGACGGAAACAACUAUCUGAGGUGGUUACUUGCCGACGAAGAAGAUUGACAUUUGCCCUCACAAUUUACUAUUGUAAAUAUUGGACAAACCCCCCACAUUUUUCUGGACAUUACCACGAAUUGGCGGUAGAAGGAGCUGCAUAUGGCCCGAGUGUCCUGUGAAUCUUGGUCAGACUCAAAGCACGCAGGGAAGACAAAUCUCUUCUGUUAAAAUAGUUCAUUAAUAGUAGGAUGCAUCAGGCGCAAAACAAGGAGUUCAGAAGUUGGGAAUUUCUGUCGUUUGAGACCCCACUGAAUUGUGUGUUCUUGUAUCUUUAACCUAUCAAUCCGAAUGGUGUUUCGUACACGGAUUGUUACUUGUAAAUAGUUUAGUUUGGAUAAUGGUUUUGUCUCAUAUUCUGUACGUCUCUUCUUGUGUUAUAGAAUCUUGUAAAAUAAAUGGUUUUGUCUCAA